UGCUCUAAAUAUUUUUUGGUGUCUCAUAAAAAUGUUUUCUUCUCUUCGCGGAUGUAGUCUGCGAAUUUUGUGCAAUUUCGCUACUUUGUGUCGCACUAGCACCCAAAAACCGUCUAAAAAUUGACUCUCUCGUGUACAAUGUGUAGUCUCUGUGUGAAAUAUUAGUUGCAGCGGGUGGAGAAAGUGCUGAAAAAAGGAAAGGAAUUUGGGGUUGGUGAAGAAUUUGUGUGCCGUGAUAGUUUUUUCCCUGCAAAUGCAAAGAGAAAUUUCCAAAAUGGCGGUAGUUCGCAAAAAGACCGACGACAAGAAUUUGAAGAUUUUGCGGGAGAUUGUGUCCCUUGGGGGCAAUCGGCAGUGCUUCGAUUGCGGCCAGAGGGGCCCCACGUACGUCAACAUGACCAUUGGUUCAUUCGUGUGCACCAAAUGCUCAGGAAUGCUACGAGGAAUAACACCACCGCAUCGUGUCAAGUCAAUCUCAAUGGCAACAUUCACGCCGGAUGAAAUUGAAUUCAUUCGUAGUCACGGGAAUGAUGAGUGCGCCAAGACAUGGCUGGGCCUGUGGGAUCCCAAGAGGACUAGGCCGCACGACCAGCGAGAAUUGAUGAUUGACAAAUACGAGAGAAAGAGAUACUACUUGGAGCCGGCGAGUCCGCUGAAAUCACUCCCGUCGUCCCAACAAUUGGCACCACAAUGUGCAACUUCCUCGUCAGCGUGUACAUCAUCGUCAUCGACGACGACAACGAACAGCGUGACGCUGGAUAAUGUUGCCGUCUUGAAAUCAAUCACACUAACGCCCCCGCAAUCAUUGCGUUUGCACAAUAAUAAAAAUCAGCGAUCGACAGGGAAUGCCACAGUGAAAUUUCAACAUCAGUUCACGCCAGAUAGUGAGACGAGUUUAUUUAACUUGGGCAAUAGUCAAACUAGGUUAAAUAUUAAUAACAAUAAUAACAUCAGUGGCGGUGGACAUCAAAACGGCCUCACGGGCAGCAGUAGCAAUCUCAGUGGGAAUAUUAAUAAUAAUAAAUUUACACCGGACACGGAUUUUGUGGCUGAUUUUGGUUCAGCCAAUAUUUUCAAUGCAACACAAACAUCGAAUGCAACGAUGGUGAAUACGUCCAAGAGUCCAAGUAAUGGUAAAAUUGCCAAUGGAACCAACAAUUCAUCAUCAUCAUCAUCUGGUCAACAACAGCAGGUGAAUAGGAAUUGUGGAGUCAAUGAGAAUUUUGCCGAUUUCGAACACAAUACCAUUUACAAUUCAGCAGCCUACCAAACACCACCACCACCACCACCAUCAUCAUUGAGUACACAGUGGAACUUCUGGCAGCAGUUCCAAUGGCCCCUACAGCCUCCGGAACAGAAUCGAUGGAGUCUUCCAAUGUCUCUAAGCUCGAGCAAUAGUAUGAAUUCAUCGAGUGGAGGUUUUACGUCCAAUUCAUCGCUCAAUUCAACACCGUCCGCCGAUCGGUAUGCCGCCCUUAAGGACCUCGAUGAGCAAUUGCGUGAGACAAAGGAGCGCGAGGCACCGUCGACAUUUGUCUUGGGCACAAGCCCCAAUCCAUUUAAGAAUCCUUUCCAAGUUAGUGCUGGUGGUGGGGCAGCCACGUGGACGACACAGACGGAGGGAACAGCAUUCACAGCAACGCCCCAAAUGACACAGGCUUAUGCCACAAAUGGUUUCACCAAUGGCUACGGGAAGGCUCCAGAGGUGCCACAGCACUACAACAAUGGCUCCACCAACUUCUCAUUCAACCCUUUCGCGACAACAUCCACCCAUUCAACUAAUCCAUUUUUAUGAACUCAAAGGCCAUCAGGAGGUCCUGCGCUCAUGCGGAGGAACAAUGGACAAUUUUUUUUAUUCACAAACACAAAAAAACGUCUACUUUCGACAAUUCUCUCUUUGUUUUUUUUUUAUUAUUAUCAAUUAAAAAUGAUAUAUAAAAUUAGGUAUUCAUUUUAUUUGUGUUAGAACGCGCGCGCGGGAUGAUUGCAUUAAGCAUCACACACACAGAGAGGGAAAAAAAGAGCAAAAUUCAUUUAUCUUGCACAUACGCUGUCAUUUUUAAUAAUCCUACUGUGGGAAACACACAAAAAAAACUCAUUGAAGGUGGUUUUAGGGGGUGGAGUGAGUAGGAAAAAAAUGUGAGAAAGAAAGAAAUAUUCAGUGAAUAUUUUUGCAAGUAAAAAAAAAUAAAUAAAUUUAUGAAUCCUUCCGCCUAAAGGAUAAAAAAAAGAAAGAUAUUACCCACGAUUCUUUUUUUUUUGAAGGAGCAAAAGUCUUUUAAGGAACUUUUAAAGUCGUGUAGAGAGAGUAAAAAAAAUGAAGAUAUUUUUAAUGAUGAAAAUCUUACUAAUUACGGAAUCAUCGUAUUUAGAUGACAUGCUCAAUUUUACUAGAAAAAAUGCAAGAAAUCGAUAGAAAAAUUUUCAAACUAAUUCCACAUUCUUCUUCAUUUUCCAGUAAGACAGAGAAAAAUAAAAAUAAAUAAACGGAGGAAUUUCACUACUUAGUAUUUCUAUAAAUAAACAAACGUAGGAAGAACCAAACUUAUUAACUACCUAUGCCCUUAUUAAAAAAAAAGAGAUAACGAUGCGCAAGGAUUGUGACGAUGAAAAACAAGUGAUUUAAAAAUUUACAAAAAAUAUAUAUUAAAUGAAAUAAAAAAAUUAUUAUUGCUUGUGGCCUUAAUGAAAAAAAAAUCACGUCGAAUGGUGGAUAAAAAUAUUUAAAAAAAAAAGUAAGAAAAGGGAAUUAUGUAGAGUGAAAUAUUGCGAUGAAAAGUUAUGAAGAAUGUUAAAUUAUUCAAUUUUCCGUCUUAGGAUUUAUGAAAAAAAUGAAAAAGAAAUAAUAAUUAUAUUAAAAGGAAAAUGAGAUGAUAAAAAAUCACCCAAAUGAUAGUAAUGACAAAGAAUGAUGACGUCAGAUGUAGGCUAUAUAUUAUUUAUAUUUGUACAUUAUACACUUUUAGCAUGUGACAGAAUUAAUGAGAAAAAAAAUAUGCGGAACAAAGUUCAUGUUAAAUGUGAACCAGUUAUUAAAAAAAAAGGAAAAUUAAGAAAAUCUCGCGAACAAAUUUUUUUUGCCAAGAUAUUUCUGUGGGGGAGAAUAAUAAAAACAAUCUGAGAAAAAACUUGCAUGGAAAAUGCUCAUCUCCCCAUUUGCCUCACAUGGAAUAUCUAUAAAAUAAAAAGAAAAAUGAUAAAAAUAAAUAAAUCCCAAGUGAUAAGGGCAAGAAGAUCAAAAAAACAAAAAAUAAUGAAGAAGAAAAAAUAUACGAUAAAUUUUACGUUGUAGAAGAGAAAGAGAGAGAAUUUAAAAACAGAUGAGAAAAAAAUAUUCCAAAGUUUUUAAAAAAUAUAUAUAUUAAAAAAUUAUAAAACCAACUACUUAGGAUUUGUAUCUCUUACCCCCCCCCCUUUCCUCCCAGUAGCUAACACAAAUUUCUCUAUGUGCCUGCUUAAUGUCCUCCCCCAACCCUUUCCUAUCCACCCCAAUUUCCCCCCUUUUUAGAAUCUCUUUAUAUAGAACAAAAAAGUGAACCAAUUAAUUUGUACAUUUGUUUUGUUAAUCAUUUAUUAUUUUUUUUAAUAUAGAGAAAAAAUGAUUA